CAAUCAUUUGAAUGUUCAUCUAUAUCACAAUCAGAAUUAAUUGAUUCGAUUCAAGAUGCGAAUAUUCGACAUGAAUUAUUCAAUCAAUACAAGAAAAUUGCUGAACAAUCAAGACUAGAUAUGUUCAACCUCUAUUUGAAGUCAGCAAAAAUUCAAAUGGAUGAAUGUAAUAAGAGAUUCGAUACUGAUAUGAAAAAACUGAAGCAUGAACGUCGGUCAUCUGAUGAUAAUGAAAAAAUAUCACCAGUUAUGAUCAAUCUUAUAGAACAACGUUGUAAUAAAAUAGGUGAUCGUAUUAAAUGUACAUACAUAUUUAAAGCAAAAUCUAUUUGUGUUAAACAUAACUAA